CACAAUGUGCUUUUCUCUGUAAUUGUGUUUAAUAGCUGAUGUGACCCAGGGUACAUUUUACCACUGCAGUCGUUUUUUCUUAGCUGUUGUUCAGCUGCACAAUAAUGAGGAGAGCAGUGAAAACAUUCCUGCUGCUGAGAGAGGGAAUUCUACUUCAGGAUUCAGAACGGAACAGCCAGAUCUGUCGUGUGCUUUUAAGCAUCUUGAGAACAGCGAGCCCCAGGAACACUGAGCGACGAAAAGCAAAAGAACAACAACAAAAAAUGAAUUAAGCGAAGGGUUUGUGAACUCAGCUGUCGGAGGCAUUCAGCGUGCAGAGAGAGGGAAUGUGAUUAAAGCUGACAGCAGCUCCCCACUCAAGCACUGCUCCAAAACUAACCCUGGGCUACUCGACCUCAGAACAGCCACUGUACACUCACAGAUUCCAGUAAUGAUAGGAAUGAGCCGAUCUCAAUCCUCACAUGCAGAUUUACACUGUCCUGUAAUAAUAAUGAGAUCUGAACACACACAUGCAGCUUUACAUCUUGUAAAUAUAAUAAGAACAACAGUUUAGUAAGAAUUUGAUUUCCGUUACACUGAUCCAGUGUAAUUCCUGCAAGCUGCUCAUCUGUUUUAAUGAAUCAGUAGAACUGAGUGUUUUGCAUCAUCUCCAUGGUAAUUAAAAGGUUUCGUGGCUUAAAAUCUCUUUCCCUGUAAGGUGUCAAGCAAUCCGACCAAUGAGCGGCCAGGUUGUACAGGAGAGUUUUUCCGAGUGCGUGAGGAGAGAUGGGAGGAGGGAGGUGCUGAGGCUGGUUAGGGCUGCUCACAGCAGGGAGUCUGGCUGUGUUGGAGUCCUGCUUUGUCAGCUUGAAGUGCUGCUAGCUUCACAGACUGCGCCAGGUCCAAGCUUGCCUUCCUGUCUGACUAUUCCAGGCUUCUACAGAGACCGCAGCGCUCGGGUCUCUCUCUCUCAAGACUGGGUCACUCUCAGGCCUCUCUCUCUAUCUCUGCCAGCGCACUCCCAGCUGGCACCAGCUUACAGAGAGCGCCCGUCCUACCAUGGGGUGCCAGCUCUCAGGGCUCUGGCUGGGCUCGGGGCUCGGGGUGAACGGGACAGAGAUCUCCCCGGCCAGGCAAAGGGAAGCCCUGCAGGUCCCGGGGAACGCCGACGAGCCAAUCAUGCUGCAGAUAGAUGGCAGGAUGCCCCGCCCUCAAGUAGCACAAACGUCAGAGUGCAGCACCCAGACUGAGCGGCCAUGGGCGAGUUUGAGGGGUCUGGGGGUCCCCAUGGGGGGAUCGUCUAGACCCAGUCCUUGCAAUGACAGGUCCUGCUUCAAUCACUACCCGUCACAUGACCCUGUCAACGGCCCCGCCUACCUUCUCAGCACCCCCCACGACGUGGAAAACACAGAGACACUCGGAUCCCAAGACCCCAGGCUGUCUGGGUUGGUGCCUGAGGGAAAGGACUUUCUGACUGGCUGCUGCCACCUCAGCAAAGAAGAGGCAGGGUGCUUCUUGAGGCAGAUGCAGGACGAGGACGCGGUGUUUGAGAAGCCCCUUCUGUCCCCCCCCACCCUGCAUGACCUAGACAGCGGGCUGGGCUGCACCGAUGGGAGCUUCCACCAGGGGGAGCCGUCCGGGCUGGAGACGGAGGAAGGGGCAGAGGAGUCGGGCUCAUCCCCGCUGGACCGGACCAGCUGUGACACCCGCUCCUCCGAAUCCCUCAUCUCCUCGGAGCUCAGCGACUCCGGCUUCUACAGCGUGAGCACCGGGGAGUUGCGCCGCUUCCAGAAGAUCCUGGAAAAGAAGAUCAGGCAGUACCGUGCCAAGAUGACUCCCGGGAGGAUCCCCAAGCACACAGAGGGCAAAAAGGAUGACCCCGCGCCCCGUCACGACCUGGAGUCCAUUCCCGAGGCUCUGAUCUGCCAGCGGCAGGAGCCCCAAAACAAGACGGCACAAAACUAUAGCCGGGGCAGCAUGGGCUGUAGAUGCCUCAUGGGAGCGUCCUCCAUGAAUUACAGAAAAGCAGACAGUCCGUGCUUAAGCAGCUACAGGUCUCUGAGUACGGUGCUUUCUCCCAACGCCGGGACCUCCUCCAUCUGCAGCUCCCCCUACAGCCCGACCCAGGCAGUGCGGCAGGGUGACACGCCCGCAGAAUUGCUCAGGAGGAACCUUCAGCGCGGUUCGCAAAGCGCGAGAGGCCACCAGGUCACAACCCAGGAGGUGCAGUACUGGAGCACCACAGAAGAGCUGCCCACGAGGAGGUCUGUAAUGGACUGUGCCAGGGAACACAUUGGGGCCACACAAGGUAGCGAAAGGUAUGUGGAUCCUGAGGGCAGCCAGUCGCAACAGAGGAUAGUUGCGGAGUGCAGGGAAAAACUAUCCAGGGACACUUGGGAAAGCAAGGUCUCCUGCAGGUGUAGGCUGGGAAAAGCGACUGCUGAGGUCACAGAGAGACUGGAAGAGCCAAGCCCCGGUGCUCCAGCCUGCAAGCAGAAGCACAAAUCAACACCCGUCUGCUCCCAGAACCUAGGCAUUAAAGCCAGCCAGGAGGCAAGUCUGGACAGCGGUCACAGGUUUGGGCAAAAGCCAAUUAGGUACUGUAAGCAGGAGAACUGCCAGGACCCCUGCAGCGUCCAGGACGGAGAGUUCGCAUUCCCGGGCUGCAGGAAGGGGGCCCCCAACGCUCGUGUUUUGAGGAACCAGCUCUUGAAGGCAAGGGCUCUGAGGCUGGCAGACGAGCGAGGCGGAGGAACCACUGACGACAACGUCCGCAGUGAGGCGAAGGCCGGGCGGUACUGGAGGAGGGCGGACCACAGGCGGCACCUGGCAUCUGCCAAGGAGCACAGGCAGAGACGGGCGAGCCGAUCUAACGAGAGUAAGGAGACCCGCACUGCCGUCCUGGAGCUGAGCCAGAGGAAACUGAACCUGCUGCGCAACAAGAAGGUGCUGGACAACUGGACCACCAUCCAGGACUGCUCUCGCACGGCUCGAAGGCCAGCCCGGGGGCAGAGGGGCAACUGCUGUCCGUCACAGCGGUGUAGCAGCAGGUUCAAUUCAGUCAACGAGGGGCAGGUAGGGGGGAGGAGGGGAUGAGGAAUCCAAGAGCUACGGGCUCAUUGAAAACCUACAGUAACAAGUAGAGAGAAGGGCCACUGUCCGACGGGAAGGACUUCAAGACAAGCUGGCACCGUGUUCGACAGGACUGUCACGGCAGACCAAGCAAUCGCUACGCUGAUCAGCCGUCUCGGUUAAAUUGGGCGGCCACACCCCCAUGUGCACCACACAUCAAAAUGAUCGGAGGUCGUUCCUCGUUGCUCAAAGACAUUUCAAACCCGAAAGGAACAGACACAACCCACAGUUAACAUUUCCAUCUACGAUGCUUGACUUACAGGCCAGGCUGUAUUUAGGGUCUGUUUCUUUUGAAAGGACUGACCAAGUUAGAGACCUUGUUGCAGGCGACCAGCUGUUUCAAAGGA